AUGAGGUCCACGCUUCUCGGCCUCAUAGCCCAUGCGGCGCUUGUCCUCUCUACUGAGGUCGUCUACGUCACUGACCUCACGAUUUACACGCUUCUUGCGCCGUGCGCUCAAUAUGGCGUCUCCUCUGCCAUCAUGGCCCAGACUUUCGAGUCCUGUGGCGAUGACCCUACCUCUCUUCAGUCGUGUGUCUGCACCAAGAAUGGCAUGAUGAACCAGGUCCUUCAAACCAUGUCAAGCUCCCUGAGUUGGUCGUGCGGUACCACAGCUUCGGAUGACCACGCGAGCGCUUCCGUCGUUGUCAGCCAGUAUUGUGAUCCCGACGGCACUUACAGCUUUUCGACUCCGACCACGAAUCUCGUCGAAGAGUAUCCGACAGAUUUCCCCGAGUUCUACAACUUGGCACCGUGUGCCCAAUACGGCGUGUCUGUUGCUAUGCAGACUAUGACCUACGACAUUUGCCCUGAGCCGCCCAGUCUCCUCGCCCCAUGCAUCUGUGGCAAGAACCAAAAUUCUUUACGAGCCAGCCAGACCAUCAGUAGUUCCGUCAAAUAUUCUUGCUCAAAUAACGAGGACAUCACCUCCGCCCAAGCGUUCUUGGCAGCUUAUUGUGCGAUGACUGCGGGAACGACCUCCUUCCCCGCUCCUUCAAGCCCCCAGGCGACAGUACUGACGUAUUAUAUCUCAGCGCUGCCUGAGUACAAGUCCCUCAUCCCAUGUGCCCAGUCCGGCGUGGAUGACGCCCUUGCUAUCCACUCGGCAGACUUCUGUCCUCCUGGCCCUCAAGCCUUUGGCUCUUGCGUGUGUCUCAAGACUGGCAUGUCCAGCAGGGCAACUAGCCGUAUGUCGUCUUCAGUGAGGUGGAACUGUGACUCUACCGCGAGAGAUGAUGUCCUUUCUGCAGUGUCAGUGUUUGAAUACUACUGCAGUGCCGUUCGGGGUGAAGUGACUCCGACUGGUGUUACCGAGUCGAUCGCUCAGGCUACCAACUCUACGCCUCGGCAGACCGGCGGCUCGGGCAGCGACGGCAACUCUACGGACUCGGACAAAAAGAUGAUGAUUCCGAUAGCCAAAGUGGGGAAGAAGGCUAGCGAGGCUGCCGCCGAGGCUGCCUCGGCGGCCUACCGGCCCCCUCCCUCCACCGACAAGCCCGAGCUUGCCGGAACACCCAUUCACGCGAUGCCCCCUUCGAGCCCUCGGCCUAGCAUUGCUAUCUCGCACACAAGCGGACAUACCCCUACUCCUCAAUAUGAUCCGACGAAUCCACCCCCGAUGCCCGAGCUGCAGGGCAUGGUAAAGCCCUACGUAGGGACACCACCACCCAUGCAGCCCGAGCUCGCUGGCCACCAGAUGAUGCCCCAGGAGCUUCAUGGUCAGGGCUAUGGCCAGGCGAUACCCAUGCAAACGUACAACCAGGCGUACGGCGCUCCCUCGCCGCAAAGCGCUUCGCCUUAUCCGGCCUAUCCUGGUCACCCAUCGCCGCAUUCGCCACAGGCGGGCUAUUACGCCCCCACAGCAUGCACAGCACAGCGUACCGGUUGA